CUUGCCGUCGAAAAGCGAAAGUCUUCUGGACGAGAAUGUCAUAUGUCAAACUGGUGUCGCUGUGUGCCGGAGCUCCGGCUCUGACGGGCCUGCUGUGCGGCUCCGUGCUGGCUGCCAGUGAGGGGAAGAAGAAGAACUCACAGCCAACUCUGAGCAUUGACGAGCUGCCGUCAUUAUACACCAGCCCUGAAGCAGAGCCUCGGUACGUGGAGCCGGAGGUGGGGCAGUUGGAGCAGAGAGUUGCAUUGCUGAGGAAAUGGGUUGAACCCUACACAAACCAGUGUCAGCAAACAAGCCAGGCUGCAGUGGAGAAAGUUGAGCAAGUAUACAAGACCGUGGAGCCCACGGUCAGCUCGUCCAUAACAGCAGUCACAGAUGCGUACCAGUUCCUCAGUGACCCUCCUCCUGACCUCUACCCCAGUGUAGCGGUGGUGGGCUUUACUGGCUUUCUGGGACUUUAUUUGGCCAAAGGCUCCAAAGUGAAGCGAUUAGUAUUUCCAGUUGGACUCAUGGCUCUGAGCGCCUCCAUGUUUUACCCUCAGCAGGCUGCGUCUUUACUCAAGGUGAGCCGGGACUCGGCGUACACCUGGGCUCAGCAGGGCCGCGACGCCCUGGAGGCCGUCUGGAAGGAGCCUCCGUUUGGCAAAAAGAAGAAAGAGCGAACAGAGAGCAACGACACGACGAGCUGAGACGGCAGGAAGACACACACCUCUCCAUCCUUUCACCUCCCAGUAACACACACACACCUGUGCACACCUGUAGAUCGACUCUUUGCAUUCUUUAAGUUCUGCAUCCCAGAAGCUUCGGGGUGCAUCUGAAACGCUCCUCCGCUCCGUGACCAAUCCGGCUUUCUCCUUCGAUGACCUCCGCUCCUCCAGUUUCUGUUUUGUUUAACAAAGCAGGCCACGGUGUCGUCUGUCUGACUGCUUAACGACAUCAGAAGACGUCACUGUGCAGUCACCAGGUCUUAGCUCUGCUUCUGAGGUUAUUAAUGUUUUUAGUCUUUUUGAAUAUAAGAAAGUGAGUGGAACAUCUAACAUCUAAAGCUUUUAAACUUUAACAGAUAAAGUUUGGAAUCAAUUAAUCAACUGAUCUCAGUCUUCAGCUGAUAACUAACGAUCCCUCGAUGUUGAUUGGUUGGCCUGGUGUGCUCCUCCUUGGUUGGAGCGAACACCUGCAGCCACAUGGCCCUUCAUGGAAUCAGUUUGACAUUAUGUGCUUUAAAGGAACAGUUUGACAUUCCAGGAAAUACACUGAUUCAGUUUCUUGCUGAGGUUUAGAUGAGAAGCUUGAUACCACUCUCACAUUUGUACAGGGAAUAUAAAGUUGGGGAUGGCCGCUGGUUAGCUUAGCUUAGCAUAAAUACUGGGAACAGGGCGAAACAGAUAGCCUGGCUGUGUCCAAAGACAACAUGAUCCACCUGCCUGCAUCUCUGAAGUGUAACACUGGCAUAAUGUUGUGGUUUUACAGCAGCUAUGAGCCAGACUAGUUUCCAGUUUUUAUGCUAAGCUAAGCUAAUCAGCUGCUGGCUGUCACUCCGUAUUCACUGUUCAUUGUGAGACUUUUCCUUUAAGCCCUCUCCUCAGCAUUCUGAGCUGCUGCCGCAUUGGAGUGUGAUGAAGAUCGUCCCAUCGUAGCCUGGUUAGGAUCGAGUCAGGAAGCGCUAACGCCGACGAGUGUCACUGUGAUCUCUCAUCUGAAGGACGAUCAUUCGGCGUGUUCACACACUCGUUGUUUUGACCCUUAAUUUAUUUUACUUUACAUUCACAUAUUUCUUUUUAAUUAAAUCAUUGCCUGAUGAAUUAAAUAUUAUUUUCUCUUCAACAUACACUUAAAAACUUUAACAUAUUAAAUAUUUCAA